CACAGCUGUCCGUUGUCUGUUGUAUGAUGUCUCCUCUCGUUGCCCGCUUGCUGCUCCUUGUGUGCCUGGCUUUACCUCUUUAUGGCGUGGAAAAGGUGAGAAAUAGAGGAUACCGAAAGGAUCCUGACGCGGAUAAGUGUGCUGGAAAUGAUGCAGAAAAGCCCAACUGCACUAGACACGCUGAGGGAAGAAGAUCUACUAAUUUGAACAACAUGUUUGGCAGCUGCCUUCAGGGGCCAGCAGGAACCUCUGGCAGAGACGGUAACCCAGGGGCCAACGGCAUCCCGGGAACGCCGGGCAUCCCUGGUCGCGACGGACUCAAAGGUGAGAAAGGCGAGUGCAUCAGCGAGAUCUUCGAAGAACCCUGGAGACCCAACUACAAGCAGUGUGCCUGGAACUCACUGAAUUAUGGGAUCGACCUGGGUAAAGUAGCUGACUGCACGUUCACCAAGAUGCGUACAGACAGCACCCUCAGAGUCCUCUUCAGCGGCUCCCUCAGACUCAAGUGUAAGAACGCGUGCUGCCAGAGGUGGUACUUCACCUUCAACGGAGCAGAGUGUACAGCACCUCUGCCCAUAGAGUCCAUCAUCUACUUAGACCAAGGAAGUCCAGAGCUCAACUCAACCAUCAACAUCCACAGAACUUCCUCAGUUGAAGGGAUGUGUGAGGGUGUCAAAGCAGGGCUGGUGGACGUGGCGGUGUGGGUGGGGACCUGCGCUGACUAUCCCAGAGGUGAUGCAUCUACAGGGUGGAAUUCUGUAUCCAGGAUUAUCAUUGAGGAACUUCCUAAAUAAAUCAUGUUACAUGAAAGGGAGCGACCGGUCCUGGUAGUAUAACAGCAUGUUAUCUGGCUUACCAAAAUGAUCAGGUACAGCUUGCUGAGGCCUCACAGCAUCACUGAUGGUAACUUGAAUGUUUUUUUUAAAUACUAUAUUAGUUGACAGGCCUAUAAACAAGAAUACUGUGUCAUUCUGUCUUCCAGAAAUAAACUUUGUACUGUAGCUUUUCUGCUGUUGGAAUAAAGGGACCAAUUUACAGACAUUGUGACAAGACACUGCCAUUAUUUAAACCAUGUAGUCAUGUGACCUGUUUAUAUGCAUUAUUACUGUUAAUAAAGUCAUCUUUUAUAAC